AUGGUCAGUUGGCGGCACACCGGCUUUGGCAUUGCUCAAGGACCUGGUACCCAAAAUCAAUGGUCAGCCUCUCUAGGUACUCUUGCGAGCUCGAUCUGUAUGGUAGAGCGCAUCUCUAAUAGAAGAAACCAAGCCCUGCCACCCCCGCCAACAAGCAUAGAAGCUCCUGCUCCCCAAGACGAAUGUGCUGAUGACAGUCUCAAUAUCUACAAAGCUGGGGAACAAGAAAACCAUGCCGACCAAACCAUGCCCCCCGCUCAACCUUCUAGUUAUGUUUCUGACUAUGCUCGGCGUCGCAAUCAGUUAGUGACAGCAUGGAAGCAGCUCAAGAACUCCAUGACCGCGGCGUAUUUCACAUGUCAACAUCACACCCAAAACUGGAUCACCUCUCAAACGUACCUCCUCCCCCUAACCAAAUGUACAUGCGCCCCACAACUGGUAACUACCGGAGAGCUUGAUUUGAUCCACAUGCAUGGUCAGUUAUUAUAA